AUGGCUCUUGAAACUAUCAUCCAUAAGGAGCUUACAGACAGGAACGAUGUGAUAAUCUGCUGGCGGAACUGCCGCAACGAGCUGGAGGGCGUCCGCGCAGCCGCCGCGGCGUGCGAGCGCGCGCUGGCGGUGGAGCGCGCCGCCGCUGCCGAUGCGCGUGCGCAGCGAGACCUCGCCCGGCGCAAGCUGUCGAUCGUGGAGAAGGAGCUGGCGCAGCACGAGGCUUUGUUAUCGGCGGCGGAGGCGGAGGAGGCGGCGCUUCGGCGCGGCGCGGAGGAGCGACGCCGGGAGCUAGAGCGCGCCGCCGCCCAGCUGAGGCUGGAGCGCGAGGCUCGCGCGCAAUGUUCGGCCGAAUGCGCGGCGCUGAGCGCGCGCGUGGCGGCGGCGGCGCAGGAGACGAGCGAGCUGCGCGCGACCGUGGAGCUCACGCGCGCAGAGCUGCAGCGCGUGGCGCGCGCGCUUCAGCACACGCAGGCCCAGCUGGACAUGUGGCCGCGCCCGCUCACAAAGAUGCUGUGCGCGGCUCGAUCGUGGCUGCGGCACCCGCUGUCGCUGCCUGAAGCGCUGCUGUGGGCUCUAGUACCGGCGCGUCACGGCUGCUGAGUGCUGACUACACACCACGUCACAUUCUGCACAACUGUCCUGCCAAUAGUUUUGUUUUGCUUAACUUGCAACUCGCGUCACAUCUGCACAACAGUCUUGGCAAUAGUUUUUUUGUUUUUUCGUAAGUUGGCUUGCGUGAGCCUGCCAGUGUUAAAAUCACUUGCAAAACGCCGAAAAUUUGUCUUCCACAGAUCUUUAUCCCCACUAAGUUCGCGGUAACAGAUUAUCGGCCGAAACUUUACCGAUCACAUAUUGCAAAAUCCAUACACGCCGAAUAACUGAAAUACUUUGACAGUUACUUGUAUUUAAAUGACAACUACUACCCGCGAUAAUUAUUGUUAGUGAUUUGCGUUUCGUUUCACGUAAUUCAAUGUUUUCACCUUUUAUUAUGAAAGUUGUGCUGUGCAGAUGAAUUUUUGGAGUUGCAAAAAUUGAUCAUUUGACACUAGUGGGUCAUCUUUAUUAUUUAUCUCACUCAACAUUAUUUUUUGUCGUAAUAGAAAGAAAGUAAUGUUUGGGGAGUUUCUAUUAGUACUUUUU